AACAAAGACAAGAAGAAACAAGUAGUGGAAGUGGAUUAUCAAAAAGAAAAGCUUUUGAAUUUUUCAAGAAUAUGUCAUUUUUGGAACCAUUUGUGAAGAGAAGAAGGUAUAAUAAAAAUUAAAUUGUUAAGAAAUUAGAAUAAUAAAGGUAUCUUUUUUGUGUAUUCUUAAAAUUCUUUGUACGAUAAAAGCAAUUUUUAGACAUUACUUUUUUUCCUUUUAGAACGAUGACCAAUGUGUUUAGUAACAGCUCAUCUUCAUUGCCAAAACAGUACACUCUUCAGAAAAACUUUAGUUCUAACAACGAAAAAGAAAAUAAUUUUUCUUUGGCAAAUGCGAUUACGUUCAUUGAACAGAAUUCUUCCAAAAAUAUAAAAUCACCAGAACAAAAUCGAUAUAAAACAAGCAGCGACAAUGAAGUCAAUGUAUCUUCUACGAAAGCAGCUACUGCGAUUGGACAAUCUUUUACAGAUGUCAAAAAUUCAGCACAUUUAAAAGACUCAUCUGCACAUUUUUAUUCCAAAGUAUCAAACGACGAUGCUUCUUCGAUGUCAGCGUUAAGUGCCUGCGAUUAUGCGCGGAAGAAAGAUUUGAAUAGUAAAUCAAAAGGAAAAUCGCAGCCAGAUGUUCUACAAAAUGCAAUUUGCAAAAUUACAUCUUUACUAGAAAAUAAAUACUCUUCAAAUGUUUCGACUGCCUCGUUAUCUCUAAAACCAGAAAUAGAGGAAGAUGUAGCUUUUUGUCAACUUAUACUUUCUUCACUUGUAAAGAUGCAGCAAUGUGAAAACGUGGAAAAAAAGAAGAAAAUAUUGCGUAUUAUAUAUGAUGUAUAGAAUAAUCAAAGUUUUUAAAAGACUGACACAACUUUGAAAAAUGCAAUUUUCUGGCAAUAUAUUUUUUUAUUUAAUUUUGUUUUGUUUAGUUUUAAUUUAAUAAUAUAAAAAUUGAAGCAGUUGAAUAGUAUUU